AUUUUUUCAUUUUUCUAACUUAAACUCAGUUCAGGGUUCGAGUUCAAGAGCUGGAGUUCGAGAGCUCGAUAGGUCGGAAACCAGCUAGAACUCAGUUCCAUACAUGCUCGGUUGGUUAAUAGUCUAACUCCAGCAGUCCCCCAUCCGGCCCGCAUUAGAGGCCGGUAAGAUGAGCUCCUUAUCUGCCGGUUUUCAUCUCUUCAAGCUCCCGGCGGUGUAAUUUUACGGUUUACCGCUCUAUCUAUUUCCAUUUAUUUUCGAAUCUGACUCAUAAUUCGUGGGAAUCAACAUGGAAGCAGCAGCUGCAUCAGCAGUUCUUGAGCACUCUCUUUGGAACCGACCCGCAUUCAGAGUUCUCCACAGCCGCCGGUUAGAGAUCUCCGCGAGCAUAUCUGCCAAGAAUUUAUGCCGCAGUACAAAAUACCCCAGCAGUGCGAGUUACAUCUUGCCGUACAAUUCCCGGAUUUUUUUGAACUCCAGACUGCAUAUGAGUGGACUCUCCCCAAAACCGCUGUCAGUGAAUCGUAUUUGUCCUUGCGGAAAAUUUAAUGUAGGUGUAACGAGUGUGAAUGUGAAGUUCGUGGAGGUUUUUGCGAAGCGGGUUUUUGUUAUGCUUGCUUUAAUAGGCGGGGCCUUUGUGCUUGGGUGCCGGAGAGUGUUUGCUUUAGAAAAUGCUGUCAGCCCUGGCUAUGGGGCUUUGCAGCAAACUCUGGUGGCGUUGAAAAGUUCUUGGCCAACUUUUUUGCUUGUUCUGAAAGUUUUGAAAGAGCAAGGUUUGGUUUUGGCAUUGCUUUUGGGACUCUCCGCAUUUUUCUCCAUGGCCGAAACUUCAAUUACCACGCUUUGGCCAUGGAAGGUGAGGGAAUUAGCUGAGAAAGAUUCUGAAAAUGGAGUCUUUAAAAUGUUGAGGAGCGACGUUACUCGAUUUCUUACAACUAUACUCAUUGGCACAACAGUUGUGAACAUCGGAGCAACAGCAUUAGUUACUGAAGCUGCAACAGCAGCUUUUGGUGAAGCUGGUGUCAGUGCAGCAACAGGAGUCAUGACAGUGGCAGUUUUGCUUCUGACUGAAAUUACUCCAAAAAGCAUUGCUGUUCACAAUGCCACUGAGGUUGCUAGGUUUGUGGUCAGGCCUGUUGCAUGGCUUUCUUUGAUACUGUAUCCUGUGGGAAGAGUUGUCACAUACCUUUCAAUGGGAAUGCUAAAACUUCUUGGCUUGAAGGGACGAAGUGAACCAUAUGUCACUGAAGAUGAACUAAAAUUGAUGCUUCGUGGAGCAGAGUUAAGUGGUGCAAUCGAAGAGGAAGAGCAGGAUAUGAUCGAAAAUGUACUAGAGAUCAAAGAUACACAUGUUCGAGAGGUUAUGACGCCACUUGUAGAUAUUGUGGCAAUAGAUGCUAGUGCGACAUUAGUUGAUUUUCACAAUUUAUGGGUGACUCAUCAAUAUUCCAGAGUGCCUGUUUUCGAGCAGCGUAUAGAUAACAUCGUUGGUAUUGCAUAUGCAAUGGAUCUUCUGGAUUGUGUGCAAAAGGAAGAGAUGCAGGAAAGCUCAGUUGUUGGAGAUAUGGCACACAAACCUGCAUACUUUGUUCCUGAUUCAAUGUCAGUUUGGAACCUUCUAAGAGAAUUCCGCAUAAGGAAAGUACACAUGGCUGUUGUUCUUAAUGAAUAUGGUGGAACUGUUGGGAUUGUAACUCUUGAAGAUGUGGUUGAGGAAAUUGUUGGUGAAAUCUUUGAUGAAAACGAUUCCAAAGAAGAAAUCCAGAAAAAAACUGGCUACAUUGUUCUCAGGGCCGAGGGAGUAUUUGACGUGGAUGCUAAUACAUCUAUUGAUCAGCUAUCUGAUGAACUUGAGAUAAAAUUGCCAGAGGACCAUCAAUACGAAACAGUUUCUGGUUUUGUUUGCGAAGCAUUUGGGUACAUACCAAGGACAGGUGAAAGCAUAAAAGUAGUGCUAGAAAAGUCAAAUCGAGAAGAGCAUGAUGACUAUACUCGAACUGAAUCUGAGCAGGGGGGUCAAAAUGAAAAGAGUCAAAUUUAUAAGCUUGAGAUAUUAGCAGGAAAUGCCAGAAAGGUGAGUGCUGUGCGAUUUGAACGGAUCAGCAAUGAUGCCGAACUAGGCACCAAAGUAGUGAAACGCUUGUUUCCAAAAAUAAUGGCAAAAUGGAACAAACAUGAUAAGCCAAACAGCGAGGACACCAAUGAGGACAGGGUUCAGGGAAGUACAUAUCAUGGAAGCCCCCAGUCCAACACUUCUGUAGUACCUGAACAUGAAAGCAGUCAUGACCAUCAUAGUGACCUAGAUUGUGCUUGGCAAAAUCCUUAAUUGAAUAACAUGGGGAAGGAAUAGUGACUGAAUGAGAAUGGGUUUGUUGUUCUCUGGGUUUUGUGAAGUAUAGAAAUAGUAUUAUAGCUAUUAUAGUUUGGGUAGUAGUAUGAUUUCAUAUUCAUUACUCAUUAGGUAGAUCUCCUAUGUUAUUGGGUUUGAAUACAUUAUACGUAGUACUUCCUCCGUCCCGCUAACAAUGGGACAAGAGAGAGCGACACACAAAUCAAUAAAAAGUAGUUUAUGUGGUUGAUAUUGAAUUGAUAAAGUAAGAACAAAGUAAGAAUGAUUUAGA